AUGGAGAAAUUCAGCCAAUAUCGCGACCGAGCCACCGGCAUCGCGCCCUUCCUCCCCGUCACCACCAGCCUCUCCCCCGUCACCGCCGCCUACCACGCCCUCAUCUUGGCGCUGCGCCUGCCCUUCUUCGUCUUCCUCGCCCUCGGCUACUUCGCCGUCGUCCACCACCUGCCGCUGCUGCCCGUCGUCGCGCGCAAGGUCGCCCUGUGGUGCCUCCUCGGCGUGCCAGGUAUCUGGUGGGUGGACCUGCAGCUCGACGGCGUCAAGCGCGGCACGCUUGCCGACCAGCCCCGGCGGCGCUUCCCCCACGGCGGCACCGUCAUCGCCGCCAACUGCACCAGCCCCGUCGACGUCGUCUACCUCGCCGCCGUCUUCGACCCCGUCUUCACCCUCUCCUACCCGGGCACGCGCCGCGUCCGCCGCGUCGGCCUGCUCGCCGCCGUCCUCGCCACCCUCGCGCCCCCGCCCACCACCGCCCCCGGUCCCGCCGAAGACCUCGUCUCCGUCGCCGACCUGCUCCGAGAGUACCCCGACCGCCCGAUCGCCCUCUUCCCCGAGUGCACGACCACCAACGGCAAGGCCAUCCUUCCCCUCAGCCCCAGCCUGCUCGCCUGCCCGCCGGACGUGCUCGUCUUCCCGGUCAGCCUGCGCUACACCCCCGCGGACGUCACCACCCCAGUGCCCGGCCGCUGGGUCGCAUUCCUCUGGAACCUGCUCUCCCGCCCGACGACGUGCAUCCGCGUCCGCAUCGCCGAGGGCCGCUUCAACACGGCCGCCGCGAGCACCAACGGCGUGUCCCCCGCCGUGAGCGGCGAGCUGCGCGCCCGCGGAGGCACAUCCGGCGAGGUGACCGCCGAGGAGCAGCGCGUGCUCGACACGAUUGCGGAGGCGCUGGCACGUCUGGGCAGGGUCAAGCGCGUGGGGCUCACGGUGGAGGACAAGGCGGCGUUUGUCAGGGCCCUGAGUCGCAAGCGAUCAUGA